UUUAAUUCAACGCGACUAUCGUGUUUCUGCCCAAUAAAUGGUCAUAAGUAAAUAAGUAAAUAAAUGAGAAAAAGCUCGUUUUGUGUAAUUAGAGACUUGCCUUGGAGGCGGAGUCCUAUUCCUAGUGCCAAGGCCCCGCCGGCUGAGUGGGACAGGCGGCUCUGGGUACGAGAACAAAGAUGGUGGCCCACACUCGCGUUUGUUAUCGAAAACAGUAUUUUUAGGUUUUUUUAUUUUUUAUUUUUAAUUACGUCAUGGAAUCAUUAAGUGAUGAAAUUUUAGUUAGAAUAUUUAGCUUCUUAACGGCGCGAGAUCUAUGUAGGUGCUCUCAAGUGUGUUCUGUUUGGUGUCGGCUAGCAAACGAUUUUCAUUUAUGGAGAAAGUUGUUUGUUAAAUCUUUUGACAAGUUUAUCCUGGAUCCUUCCUACUACAACCAGGUGUUCCCAACCCAGUGGAAAGAGUUGUAUAUAUUACGGUCAAACUGGUUUAGUGGACACUGUCAUGUUCAAAGUCUUCGUAAGAAAACUGUUACAUCUCCACAACAAACUGAACUCACCAAAGUGGUUUGCUUAAAAAUAUCAAACUGUGGUCGUAGCCUCUUAGCAAGUGUCAAUCAAGACUCUAAAUUGGUACAUUUGUGGAGUUUAAUUGAGAAGAAGUCAUUUCAUGUUGUUUCUUGUGAAAGUGUUAUUGGUUGUAUAGACUUUGGAACUGAGCGCUCAAGAAAUGUUUUGGCAAUUGGUCUCCAUAGUAACAGGUUCUCUCUGUGGGAUUUUCAGAGAAAGGUGUUCCUCUUAAGCAAAACUAACUUAUCACAAAUAUCAAGAGAAAUCACCGGUCCAAGAAACAACAGUUUACCACCAGAUACUGCUGUAUGUCGAGUCAAUCUUGUGGAUAACAAACUUGUUACAGUUACAACACAGUGUGUCAUAAAAGUAUGGGAAUUAGAUUUCAGUCAAUAUGGACAAGUAACUUGUCACUGUUUACACACUCUAACAACAUUCAAGCCAAGGUGUUCUGUAUUAGACAUCCAACUAAAGAGAGAACCUGAUGAUGCCUGGUCUGUGUCCAUUUCACAUGCUGCAGAAGUUUUGGAAAACUGGAAUCUUAUUGGUUUUCAAGCUUUGAGAUUUAAAGGACAGGCACUUCUCGAGACAGGACCAGGAUGCCACACUGAAGAUACACUGGAAUGUGUUGAAGAUGGGGAUGAGGAUGAAAGUUGUUCCAACACUUUUAAAACAUGGAUGUUACCACAAAAAGAGCAAAUGGGCAGCAGAACGUCUGUGUCUUGCCUUUCUAUCAGUCCUUGCACAAAGGUAGUCACUUCUGGUCAAAAUGAUAACACCAUUUCACUCUGGGAUACUGCUACUCAAUGCCGUAAACACAUUCUGUUUGGACACACAGGUGCUGUGACAUGUACAGAUGUAGAUAUGCACAAGAUUGUGAGUGGAUCUAAUGAUAGGACUGUCAAGGUGUGGUCCUUAGAGAGCGGUGAUUGUCAGUUGACACUUCCUGGUGAUCAUUCCUCUGGUGUGUCAAGUGUUACUUUCAAUGACCAGUGGGUUAUUAGUGGUGACAACUCAGGCGAAAUCAAGGUGUGGGAUUUUGCUGUAAAUAGUCUGUCAAUAUUACAGAGUCUAGACUUACCAUCAGGAAUGGAUCAACAACACAGAUUUUGACAUGACACUGAAUUGUCAAUAAAGAUAGGAAUACAUAAUAAUUGUAUUUAUUUUAUUUGGUCUCUUUCACACUCUUACAUGUUGGUACUUUAUUGUAGAUUAAAUUAACAUUAUUUGCAUUUUUUUAAGAUUGCUUUUAGCCAAAAAAACAUGUUGUUGAUAGUAUAACACACAUGUUUAUAGAAUUCCAGAUUUUUAGCAAAAUAAUGCUGUCAAUUCUUUGCCCCAAAGGUAUAAUAAUUAUCUUGUACACUUUAUUGUCAAGGGUUAUGAUGUUUUUUGUUGUUCUUGUAAAUGUUUGUUUUCUUCCUUUCCACUCAUCUAUUGGGGAAACAUUAAUUUAUCAUCAGAAAAGGGUAUUGAGCAACAGGUCACAUUUUCUGAGGAGGUGAAUAGGUGAAAUUACACCUUUCUAUACACAUUUGUGAUUAAGGGUACUACCCAUUUUCAAGUUCUUUUUGUUGCAGCCUUUAAUGAUAUUUAUUCCUAGUGCUAUUUCCUUAUGCACUGUUUUUACAUUAUCAGUUUAUUAAACUUGUUUUUAUCUCCAACAUCUGAUACAUUGAAUGCUGUGUUUUCUCCAAAAGUCCCAAAUUAGGGAGCUUAAGCGACCAGAACAUCACCAAACAAAAGGUUAAAUGAGGAAAACAAUAGCUGUGUUCGUGCA